CUGGAAUCCUGGACCUCCCCAGCUCCCUGUAUCACUACCACGCCAUCCUGCAUUCACAUUCCGAAGCACCUCCCUGUCGCCCAAUAGCAGCCACCUGCAGCCAUAUUCCCCCGUCGCUUCGAGAGAUCAACGUGCAGGAACACAGCAAUUCGACCCUUUCUCUAACCCUUCUGUCGCAAACAUAAUCGCAUCCCCGGGCCACACACGAUCUAUCGAGAAUUCUCCUGUCGCGAUCUCAUCAACACUCAUCCUUUCCUCCCAUACUGCGAACCGCGCAAAUGUCUUCCUCGACGAUGCCCUACAAUACUCGACGAAAGUCGCUCUCGUUGCCAUCACUAGGCAUCCAUCUUCCCGUCACUCAUGCUUCAAGAGCGGCCGCUCGACUCUCACCGCCUUCUGCCGGCCCAAAUUCUGAGAACCCUCCUACGAAAAAAAUAAAACGGUCGCAUGGCGAGUCGCCGUCGAUGUCGCCGCCGCCAAAACCAGCGCCGGUGAAGUACGAACAUACCCCACCACCGUCGCCGGAAGCUGAGAGCGAUGAUCUGGAGGAAGAUGCGAAGCCCAGGGAGAUUGAUUUAGAGGGAAUUAACGACGAUAUCGUGGAAGCAGUUAUAAUACAGCUUCAAAAGACCGGGAACAGGCCACAUCUGGUGAAGGAACUGGCUGCGAUUUUGUCGCAAAGUGUGAAGAUAGUCGAGCAAUCUGCGAACCCCGCUGCGAUCAUUUCCUCCCGACUCUCUACAUACUUAAAGCGACAAUGGACAGCUCUGGCGCCUUGCCCAGUCGCAAAGGAAUUAGAGACAGUACACCCUCGCAGAACCUAUUUCUACUUGACGACAUACGCACAUCAACCUAUUCCCGACCCUUCGACCUCCCACUUCGUAUCAAGAGCUAUUAUUUCCCCCUCCAUCUCGAGCGCGGCUUCAAGAUCCGACGAAGCUGACGCAGAACGAAGAAGAGAGCUCUCACCAUCUCCAGAGGUCGACCUCUCGUCACCCGAGUUCGACGACGAAGAUAUGGCGACCCCACCAACACCUACCGGAUCGUUCUCCGGACGAAAAGGUCCGCUCCCGCGUAAUCAUCGAGCGUCAUCACCACCACUUGAGAAAGACGAGAAGGAGUUUACACAAACGGCGAGAGGCAUGCAGAAGCGAAAGUUGAGUGGGGACGUGGAAAUGGGUGGCGUCCCAUCCGAGAUGGCCGAUCAUCCUACGAAAAAUUUGGAUAAUGACUUGUUUGGCGAGGGACGAAAUUUGAAUGUCGCCAAUGCAACAGUCUUUAUCAGCAGCCCAGCGAUGAAGCCGAGCCUGUCACUAAGCACGAUGAAGCGACCCUUUGACGAUUCGACGGACAUGUGGGGUCGAAUCGAUGGUGCCAUGGAAUGGGACAUGCGAAGUCCCGAACACGUCGAGCUAGAAGAACUCGAUGGGAUGUUUGAUGAUUUGUGAUCGAGCGCAGAUAUGAUUAUUACGACUCUACUUCGCUGUAUUUGCUUCUACAUCUCGACUCCUUUUAUUGCGCGCGCAACUAUCCAUCUAUUUUACAUCUUCGUCUUGCUGUCUUUUUAUCUAUCGUAUGGAAGAGGGAGAGUUUCAUGUAAGAUCUAGAUGGGGACAGACAGAUAAAAGGAAGAUUUCCAAAAAGUCAGCAGCAAGUUUCAUCAAGAAGAAGGAAGAGCAAAAGUAGAUGAGAUGGAUUUGCGAUACCUGGGCGGGUUGAUUUAUUUUUGGCAAGUCGGUUUGACUUGCAUUGUUAGGCGUUCAGGAGCGUGUCUUUGUGCUGUUGUUGCAUUUGCCUUUUAUUUAUAGCUUGAUUGAGAUCUCUACUUGUACAUGUAUACACGAGGGCAGCGCUUGCUGUGUAGCGCUGCUGAAUAAGAGGCGCAGUGCAGCAUACAGACGGACAGACAGACAGAAACACGAAAAUUUAAAAUCUCCACCUAGAU